AUAAAGGAGGAAGAGGGGGAAGAGGAGGAGGAGGAAGAGGAGGAAGAAGAGGAGGAGGAAGAAGAGGAAGAGGAGGAAGAAGAGGGGGAGGAAGAAGAGGAAGAGGAGGAGGAAGAGGAGCAGGAAGAGGAGGAGGAGGAAGAAGAGGAAGAAGAGGAGGAAGAGGAGGAUGAAGAAGAGGAGGAAGAAGAGGAAGAGGAGGAUGAAGAAGAGGAGGAGGAAGAAGAGGAGGAAGAAGAAGAGGAGGAGGAUGAGGAGGAAGAGGAGGAUGAAGAAGAGGAGGAGGAAGAAGAGGAGGAAGAAGAAGAGGAGGAGGAUGAGGAGGAAGAGGAGGAUGAAGAAGAGGAGGAAGAAGAGGAGGAGGAUGAAGAAGAGGAGGAGGAAGAGGAGGAGGAAGAGGAGGAAGAGGAAGAGGAGGAAGAUGAGGAUGAAGAAGAGGAGGAUGAAGAAGAGGAGGAGGAAGAAGAGGAGGAGGAGGAAGAGGAGGAGGAGGAAGAGGAAGAGGAGGAAGAUGAGGAUGAAGAAGAGGAGGAAGAGGAAGAGGAGGAAGAUGAGGAUGAAGAAGAGGAGGAGGAGGAAGAGGAGGAGGAAGAGGAAGAUGAGGAUGAAGAAGAGGAGGAGGAGGAAGAGGAGGAGGAAGAGGAGGAAGAGGAAGAG